AGGAGUUUUGUUGAAAGUCAACUGUCAACUCCAUUUUGAAAAAAUACAACGCGUCGAGACUUGCUGCGAGAACGUUAGGCGUGAGAAAGAACGUGUAGUGAAAAAGGUUCGAGGAAGAGUUUAGUUCAUAAUAAUAUGGGAAAAGGGAAGGAGUGUUUGAGGAUGUCUGCGGUAGCUACGACAGCCACAGCCACGUUGGAGGAUGAUGCAGCUGACGCCUCUCAUCUCCAGGCGAAGCUCAUCACGUCGUUGGAGGGCAAUGGAAUCACCGCAGGUGACAUCGCCAAGUUGAAAGAAGCCGGCUACUACACAGUGGAAUCAGUGGCUUACUCCCCAAAGAAGGCCCUCCUGUCCAUCAAAGGCAUCAGCGAAGCCAAAGCCGACAAGCUCCUGCAAGAGGCCUCGAAGCUGGUGGUCAUGGGGUUCAAGAGUGCCACAGAGUUGUACCUAGUCCGCCAGAACAUCGUGUACAUCUCCACAGGCUCCACCGAGCUGGAUCGUCUCCUCGGUGGUGGAAUCGAGACAGGCUCCAUCACCGAGAUCUUCGGUGAGUUCCGAACAGGAAAGACCCAGUUGGUCCACAGUUUGGCUGUCAACUGUCAGCUGCCAAUUGAAAUGGGCGGAGCUGAGGGCAAGUGCCUCUACAUCGACACUGAGGGGACCUUCAGGCCAGAGAGACUGAGUGCGAUAGCUCAGAAGUACAACAUUCCUGCGGAAAAUGUCCUGGACAACGUGGCGUGUGCUCGUGCCUACAACACAGAUCACCAGAGCCUACUGCUCAUUCAGGCCAGUGCCAUGAUGACAGAGUCGCGUUAUGCUCUUCUGAUUGUCGACAGUGCCAUGGCACUUUACAGAACUGAUUUCUCGGGGAGGGCAGAGCUGUCUGCCAGGCAGAUGCAUCUGGCCAGGUUCCUCAGGAUGCUCCUGAGGAUUGCUGAUGAGCAUGGGGUGGCUGUUGUCAUCACCAAUCAGGUGGUCGCCCAGGUCGAUGGGGCUGCCAGCAUGUUUGGGGGGGACCAGAAGAAACCCAUUGGGGGGAAUAUCAUGGCUCAUGCCAGCACCACCAGGCUUUAUCUCAGGAAGGGCAGGGGGGAAACCAGGAUUUGCAGGAUUUAUGACUCGCCUUGUUUACCUGAGAGUGAAGCUAUGUUCGCUAUUCUGCCGGAUGGCAUUGGGGAUGUUAAGGAGUAAGGGUUGAGGGACGGGGAGGGGGACUGCACUGUUAGAAAUUGUUCAAUUUAUGGUGAAGAUUGCAACUGACUUCGCAAUGGUGGGGGCGUUAAUUCAAUUUGAGGUGGAAUCGUCAUGAAAAUUUAAUAAAAUUCAUUUUUUAUGGUGAAAUUUAAUACUUAACUUUUUCAUUAUGAAUACAAGGCAGUAGAUUGAGGUGAUUUUUCAAUAGAUUGACAAUUCAGGAAAAUAAUUACCUGAAUUUAAGCUUUUUUCCGUUUUUUUCGUUGUAUGGAGUUUCAUGGAAUAUUCAAAGAAAUUACCUGAUCUCUCAGUAACAAAGUGGAGAUAAAUUUGAUGUAAAUUUAGCGUUGUUAAAAAUUUCAAGUUUUUUUAUUUGAAUUUUCAAGAGUUAUUUUCUAACAGUGUGGGGAGUCGUUCGUACGGUUGCAUUUAUUUUGUUUUGGUAAUUGUGGAUUUAUUGGCGAGGAGGGGGUUUGAGAAUUUCGAGGGAUGUUAUUCAUGGAAAAUUCAAGAUUCAAUGAAAACAUUGUAAAGACAUUUUCUGGUAAAACUACUUAUUUAAGAGAUAUUUAAAUUGUUAGGGGGACGCAGCAGUCAGCAAAUCUUGAUAUAUUUAUAGUUUGGAAAACAUCUGGCAAAGAAUUGACUUUAAGAUUAAAAAAAUGUGAGAAGCUAUUUCUUCAGAAAAUUUGGUUCGGACAAAAAAUGCCUCAACUAUUAAGAAUUCGUUGUUAUCGAAAUAAUUCACUAUUUAAAAAGUUUUAAUUAUAGUAGUAAUUAUCUUGGAAACUAACAACUGUAGGAAAAAAUGUUAGGAAAUAGUUUUUGACGAAAAUUAAAUUUCUAACGAAAAAUAUAAUUUCAAUAUUAUUUUUGAAAUUGGCUCAAUCUUGAAAUAAUCCAAUAUUUAAAAAGCUGGAAAAAAGUAUAAAACGUUUGCAUUUUUUCUACUCCUGUCAUUUCUUCGAAAAUUGAAAAUUUCAGGAGAAAACGCCAAGACAUUUUCCUUUUUCAAGAUUAAAUUCUAACAUAAAAUUUCCUGACACUUUCUCCUGAAGCCCCUAGUUACCAAGAUAAUUAUACCUAUAACAAUACCUGAAGAGUGAACUUAUCCCAUUAACUUCCACCACUCCAGUAUUAAUUAAAAUCAUUAUUCAUAAUUAAAUCUGCUUCAUUCGAUACAUUACAUCAUCACUCACUAUAACUCAUUAAAAAAUGAAUUUAAUUAAAAAUAACUGACAAAUGAAUUAAAAAAAUCAACUAAUCAUAAUUAUAAUUGUUUUAUCGUUUAAUUUAUUUCUAUUUCAAACUAAAUACCAAUGUUUUCUUAUU